GGAGCAACAUCACGCUUCUCCUGCGAUCUCCUCUACACCCACCUGCCAUCCCCGGUGCUCACACCACCUGCCACCCACCUGUCAUCAUCCACCACCUGUCUGCCAUCCGUCGGCCGCUCUUCCUCCAACUUUCUGAACUAACGCGCAAACCCAGCCGCCGAAACACCCCAAAAAAAUGCGUGAGUGCAUGAGUAUCCACGUGGGACAGGCUGGAGUGCAGAUCGGCAACGCCUGCUGGGAGUUAUACUGCCUGGAACACGGCAUCACCCCAGACGGCCUGAUGCCCGCUGACGACACCAUCGGUUACGGCGCCGACGCCUUCAACACCUUCUUCAGCGAGAUGGAGAGUGGGCUUCACGUGCCCCGUGCUGUCUUCGUCGACCUGGAGCCUUCAGUUAUUGACGAGGUGCGAACAGGGAUGUACCGUCGGCUCUACCACCCGGCGCAGCUGGUCACUGGUAAGGAGGACGCUGCCAACAAUUUUGCUCGCGGACACUACACCAUCGGUAAGGAGAUGAUCGACGUUACCCUCGACCAGAUCCGCAGAUUAACCGACCAAGCCUCCAGCCUCCAGGGAUUCCUGGUGUUCCAUUCCUUCGGCGGUGGCACCGGCUCCGGCUUCACUUCGCUGCUGAUGGAACACCUCUCUGUCGACUAUGGCAAGAAGACCAAGCUGGAGUUUGCCAUCUACCCGGCGCCGCAGGUCUCCACGUCAAUGGUGGAGCCCUACAACUCCGUCCUGACGACGCACACGUCGAUGGAGCACUGCGACGUGGCCUUCAUGGUCGACAACGAGGCUAUCUACGAACUCUGCCACAAGAACCUCAACGUCCCCAGACCCACCUACCACAACCUCAACAGACUCAUCAGCCAGAUCGUCUCCUCCAUCACCGCCUCCCUCAGGUUUGAAGGUGCCCUCAACGUCGACCUGGUGGAGUUCCAGACCAACCUAGUGCCUUACCCACGGAUACACUUCCCAUUAGCUAACUACGCCCCUGUUCACGCCGCGGAGAGCGUCAACCACAUGCAGGUGUCGACGGCGGAACUGACCAACGAGUGCUUCAUGCCGGGGAUGCAGAUGGUGAAGUGCAACCCCCGCAACGGUAAGUACAUGGCCGUCACGCUGCUCUACCGCGGAGACGUGGUGCCCAAGGACGUCAACACCGCUAUCCAGGCCAUCAAGAACAUGAAGACCGUCGAGUUCGUGGAGUGGUGUCCAACGGGGUUCAAGGUGGGAAUUAACUACAUGCCGCCUACUGUGGUACCUGGAGGCGACUUGGCCCACGUGCCCAGGUCACUGUGUAUGUUGUCCAACACCACGGCCAUCGCCGAGGCCUGGGGACGUCUGGACCACAAGUUCGACCUUCUCUUCGCCAAGAGAGCCUUCGUCCAUUGGUACGUGGGAGAAGGCAUGGAAGAAGGCGAGUUCGUAGAGGCCCGGGAGGACCUGGCAGCCUUGGAGAAGGACUAUGAGGAGAUCGGUGAGGACCCGGGAGAUUCUGAGUACGAAGACGAUUAUUACUGAUAAGAACAAGGAGGACUCCUGGCCGGUGUGAGGGGGAGACGAGACCACUACAUCCCGAGCAACGCAAGGAGGGUAAACUAGAUUACUGAACACUGUCAGGAGAAUAACUAAUAUUUACCGAGCAACGCAAGGAGAACAAAGAAAAUUUUAGAGCAGUGUGUGGGGAGGACAAAUGAGAUUUACUAAGCAGUGUAGGGACAGUGAAACUUUACUGAGCAGUGUAAGAUUUGUAAAUAGAACAUAGACUAUUAUAUGAAGACGUCCAGCAAAGAUCAAGCUGUUUCGGUGGACACUAUUAUUUAACAUGUUAUCUGUGCGGAAGUAGGUCCAGCUGCCUUACUAUUUCAAUGUGUACAAAAUAGGGUUCGAUACAAAAUAAAUUUCUUAUUGUAUAUGUAAUAAUUAAAUUUGUUUUUAAUGAACACUUGAUUAUUAUAGAAUUUAUUUGCAGAAAUCUGUAAGCCAAACAAUGUCUUGAUUGAAUAUGGUAAUGACAGCCUUUUAUAUAUA